UUUUUUCAUAAUUUAUUAUCAAUAUCUGUUUUCAUAUAAAUAUAUAAUCCUUGAAAUUCUAAGUUAUUUCCAAGGUUUGGAAAAUCAAAUGGGAGUGAAAGUAGAACACUGAUGUCACUGUUCUGGAUUGUGCUUCGUCGACUAGCUGAAAUCGAAGAAAGAAUGGCAACCUCGAAGAAAGUGAUUACACGGGAAGAGUGGGAGAAGAGAUUGAAUGCUGUUAAGAUCAGGAAAGAAGACAUGAAUAAAUUGGUUAUGAAUUUCCUUGUAACCGAGGGUUAUGUUGAAGCUGCCGAAAAAUUCCGGAUGGAAUCUGGAACCGAGCAUAUUGAUCUUGCGACAAUCUCGGAUCGCAUGGCUGUUAAAAAGGCUGUACAAUGUGGAAACGUUGAGGAUGCUAUUGAGAAAGUUAACGAUUUGAAUCCUGCGAUAUUGGAUACAAACCCGCAACUCUUUUUCCAUCUCCAACAGCAGAGAUUGAUAGAAUUGAUUCGGAACGGAAAAGUAGAAGAAGCCUUGGAAUUUGCUCAGGAGGAGCUUGCACCUAGGGGAGAAGAAAAUCAAAGCUUUUUGGAAGAGUUGGAGAGGACUGUCUCACUGCUGGCUUUUGAAGAUGUUUCCAACUGCCCGGUUGGAGAGCUCUUGGACAUAUCACAGCGCCUUAAGACAGCGAGCGAGGUUAAUGCAGCCAUUCUUACCAGCCAGAGUCACGAAAAAGACCCGAAGCUUCCAAGCUUGCUAAAGAUGCUGUUAUGGGCACAGAAUCAACUUGAUCAGAAAGCUGCUUAUCCUCGCAUAAAUGAUUUAUCGAACACCGCACUCGAAGAUCCCGCAGUUUGAAAAGCUCGAAAGACACUAUGGAAAAAACCUAGUUGCUUGGGAUUGAUCCGAGAUAGAGCCGAAAGGAAUCAAGUUAUAUAUGCUUGUAACCUCAUACUCUAGCUAUGAAUUUGUUGGAUUUCAUUUGUUAUGAUGUAUUGAUGUUUUUAUUUCCAUUUUAGAAUAAUUUAAGUUGCCUUUGGUUGGUCUUUACUUCUUUUCGAAUUCGA